GAGUUGAAGGUAGUGGUUUUGGAUGAACAUAACAAAGAGACUGCUUUACUUUACUGCUUCAUGAAACAGAGGUACUGGCUUUCUGACUGUCUAUACAAUUCCUUUAGUGUACUCUGGCAGUACUGGGAGCAGGAACAGCUUUCCUGUCAUUCAGGAUACACACUCGCACAGUAUUCCGGACAUCAUGCCUCUGGGAUCUCGCUGUGGGAAACUUUGAGGGGGGAGUGUUCAAAGGUGGAGCUUAAAGUCUGAGCUUGUGGUACAGGACAGCAGUGUUGAACAGGAGGUGGAUGUUUGAUGGUGUAAUCUUCUCUCUCUCCAAGUGCUUUCACGAUGGAGUGGAUCUGAUCACGACACACUCCAUGAGGACUUUGUGGGAGUUUGAUGGUUUAAUGUUCUCCUUCUCCAAUGGGAAGUGGUUUCACGAUGGAAUGGAUCUAAUCUCAAUCCAUGAGGACUCUAAGUAGCUGCAAGUGUCUGCAAGAGUGAAGUUUGUGAUAAACCGAAGUGCAGUCUGUGAAAACGUCGCCUGGAGUUUAUCUGCGCUAAUACCAGAUUGAAGAGGACUUGUUGGUGGUUGUUCAGAGUGGAAACUAGCAGCAUGGCCGGGGUCACUAGGAAGGGAUCUGGGAGACCCUCAUACUACUACAGAUUCCUGGGCAAGUCCCGACUGCAGCGUCAGCGAAGCCGGUCCCGCAGCCGCACCAGGCCGUCUGCCAGCAGGGAGUCUCCUCCAGAGAGGACGGGACGCCGACGCAGCAUGCCAGGCAGCUCCUCAGACAAGAACACCCCCACCAUGGAGGCCACGUCCACUGCUGCCACACCUUUCAGAGUCACCGUGAGUACUGGCUUUUUAAGUCGGCGGCUGAAGGGCUCCAUAAAACGCACCAAGAGUCAACCCAAACUCGACCGCAACUCCAGCUUCAGACACAUCCUUCCUGGCUUCAGGAGCGUCGACAAUGACAGAUCUCAUCUGAUGCCAAGGCUGAAGGAGUCUCGCUCCCAUGAGUCAUUGCUCAGCCCCAGUAGCGCUGUGGAAGCCCUGGACCUAAGUAUGGAGGACGAGGUUGUCAUCAAGCCUGUUCACAGCAGCAUCCUCGGGCAGGACUACUGCUUUGAGGUCACCACCUCCACAGGAAGCAAAUGUUUUUCCUGCCGUUCAUCAGCCGAGAGAGACAAAUGGAUGGAGAAUCUGAGGAGAGCAGUGCAACCCAACAAGGACAACAGUCGCCGGGUGGAGAACCUGCUGAGGCUGUGGAUCAUCGAGGCCAAGGACCUGCCGGCCAAAAAGAAAUACUUCUGCGAGCUUUGUCUCGAUGACUCGCUCUACGCCCGCACCACCUGUAAACUCAAGACCGACAACGUGUUUUGGGGAGAGCACUUUGAGUUCAACAACCUGCCCGCCGUCAAGAGCAUCACAGCCCACCUCUACAAAGACACAGACAAGAAGAAAAAGAAAGAUAAAAACAAUUACAUUGGACUCGUCAAUAUCCCCGUGGCGGUGGUUACCGGACGGCAGUUCAUGGAGAAGUGGUAUCCAGUCAGCACGCCCAACCCCCCGAAGGGCAAGACAUCCGGGCCUAUGAUUAGGAUCAAGGCGCGCUAUCAGAGUAUGAACAUCCUUCCCAUGGAGAUGUACAAGGAGUUUGCAGAGUACACCACCAACAACUACAUGCUGCUGUGCUCGGUGCUUGAGCCCGGGAUUAGCGUCAAGAACAAGGAGGAGAUGGCGUGCGCACUGGUCCACAUUCUACAGAGCACCGGCAAGGCCAAGGACUUCCUCACAGACUUGAUGAUGUCAGAGGUGGAUCGCUGCGGAGAGAACGAGCACCUCAUCUUCAGAGAGAACACGCUAGCAACAAAGGCCAUAGAGGAAUACCUCAAACUGGUGGGACAGAAGUACCUGCAGGACGCCCUCGGUGAGUUCAUUAAGGCUCUGUAUGAGUCAGAUGAGAACUGUGAGGUGGAUCCAUCCAGGUGUUCCUCAGGUGACCUGCAGGAACACCAGAGUAACCUGAAGAUGUGCUGUGAGCUGGCCUUCUGCAAAAUCAUCAACUCAUACUGCGUCUUUCCACGAGAACUGAAAGAGGUCUUUGCGUCAUGGCGACAGGAAUGCAGCAACCGGGGUCGACCGGACAUCAGUGAGCGUUUGAUCAGCGCGUCCUUGUUCCUGCGGUUUCUCUGUCCAGCCAUCAUGUCCCCCUCACUUUUCAAUUUGAUGCAGGAGUAUCCAGAUGACCGCACAGCACGUACGCUCACGCUCAUUGCUAAAGUCACCCAAAACCUGGCAAACUUCACCAAAUUUGGCAACAAGGAGGAGUACAUGUCCUUCAUGAACCAGUUCCUGGAGCACGAGUGGACCAAUAUGCAGCGCUUCCUGCUCGAAAUCUCGAACCCAGAGACGAUCUCCAACACGGCGGGCUUCGAGGGGUACAUCGACCUCGGCAGGGAACUCUCCACCCUGCACUCCCUCCUCUCUGAGGUGGUGUCCCAGAUGGACCAGAGUGCAGCCUCCAAGCUGGGUCCUCUGCCCAGGAUCCUGCGGGAGGUGAACACGGCUCUGUCUAACCCGUCCUGUGUCCAGAUGACACCCGGACAGUCCUCAGAGCCAAUGGGCUCGCCUCCCGCUGAGGCCGCCUGCAGCAUCUCCACCGGCCUGCAGAAGAUGGUCAUAGACAAUGACCUUUCAGGAUUAGUCGACUUCACCAGGUUACCCUCCCCCACCCCAGAAAAUAAGGAUUUAUUCUUUGUGACAAGGAGCUCAGGGAUCCAGCCUUCCCCAGCACGCAGUUCAAGCUACUCUGAGACCAAUGAACCUGACCUGGGCAUGGCCAACGGCAGCAAGAGUCUGUCCAUGGUGGACCUCCAGGACCCCCGCAGUCUGGAAAGCGGCCCAGGUCCGAGCUCUUCAGAUGCCCUGGGUGAAGGCCCAACCCCUGGGGGAGGCUGGUCAGCCAGAGUCCCACAGGGCAACAUCCCUGGAGGUCCCACUCUGAGGAGGCCAGGCCCCCCAGAAAGCACCCCAGGCCGACCCGCCCAGCUACUAGCACCCCUGUCCUUCCAGAACCCAGUCUACCAGAUGGCGGCCUGCCUGCCCGUGUCCCCUCGUGGAAUGACCGACUCGGGCUCAGAGUGCCACAGCUCUGUCAGUUCCCAUAGCAACAACGAGGACGGACCAGCAGGAGGGAAGCACGCUUUCUUGAACCACGGUGGAGGAGGAGGCGGAGGAGGGGGGAGCAGCGGGGACGAGUACACCAGGCGUUCGGGGGACUUCAACCGCCGGCAGCUGUCCCUCACAGAAACGCAGCACCAGCCCACCGUCCCCAGACAGAACAGUGCUGGCCCACAGCGGAGGAUAGACCAGCCUCCGCCUCAGAGCAUCACCCGGGGCCGCACACCCCCGAAUCUGCUCAACAGCGGACCCUACCCCCGGCCCUCCUCUGGCAACAUGAUGACAUCAUCACCCGACUGGCCUGGCAGCGGCGCACGGUUACGACAGCAGUCCUCUUCCUCCAAAGGUGACAGUCCUGAGACCAAGCAGAGGGCUCAGCACAAACAGGCCCCCUCCCCAGUGAACCCCAGUGCGCUGGACCGCACAGCAGCCUGGCUAUUGAAUAUGAAUGUGCAGUAUUUAGACCAUGAGGGGAUGGAGCCCGAGUCACUGAGAAACAGAGAGGAUCUGACUCAGGUGGAGAAGUACCAGCAGGAGAUCGCAGUGCUGCAGGAGAAGCUACGGGCGUCGGUGCAGAAGCUGGAAGAGUACGAGGCCCGUCUGAAGGGUCAGGACGAACAAGCCCAGAAGGUGCUGAUGGAGUACCAGGCCAGGCUGGAGGAGUCGGAAGAGCGUCUGCGCAGACAGCAGGACGACAAGGACCUCCAGAUGAAGGGCAUCAUCAGCAGGUUAAUGUCGGUGGAAGAGGAGCUAAAGAAGGAUCAUUCAGACAUGCAGGCAGUGGUCGACUCUAAACAGAAGAUCAUCGACGCACAGGAGAAGCGCAUAGCAUCGUUGGAUGCAGCCAACGCCCGUCUGAUGAGCGCUCUGACCCAGCUGAAGGAGCGCUACAGCAUGCAGACCCGCAAUGGCAUCUCUCCCACCAACCCCACCAAACUGCAGAUAACUGAGAACGGAGAGUUCAGGAACAGCAGCAACUGCUAGACAUACUGGCAUCUGCCAAGAGUGAGUGCUGAGUGCCUGUGUGUGUGUGUGUGUGUGUGUGUGUGUGUGUGUGUGUGUGUGCGUGUACAGUUAUUCAGUGAGAGGACGUCUACAUGCAUGCACGGCUGCAUGCCUGUCUGAUAGACUAAGAGGGUGUGCGUGUGUUUUUAAAAGCGGACAAUUUUUUGGAAGACAUUUCAACUUUUUGGACACCGGUGCAGGAGUGAGGUCAUCACUCUGAGGGGGCCGACCAGAGAAGGCGGGACUUCAGCGUGACAGACAGAUCCCCAAGAGAACAAGAUCACCAGACGGCCUUCGUUAACGAGGGUGACGGCCAGAGGAGGCGGGGCUUGUACAUAAGAAACUCAAAGCUGUCCAUCAGUCAAACACUUAGCCAGUGGACGUAUGCGGUCGCUGGGACAGACCCUGCCUACGCCUGGGACAAACCAUUAUAUAACCACACACAGUGACGACCGCCAGACACGGUCACCCUAGCAACCCUCCUCUCCUCCUCUCUCUUUAUUCUUCUCCCUCUUGACGACCAAGUGGACCCACUUAAAAACAAUAACAGGCAUCGAGGGUUAACAAGUACGUUGUCUUGAGACCAUUUCUUUCCAGUGCUUUAUUUUAAACUCAUUGUUUAUAAAGAACCAAAUAGAAGCUCAAAAAAUAGAUAUUUUAAUCCAAAAUGAUCUUUAUGUCCCUUUUCACUUCUUGGGUGUGUUCCGGAGAGUCCCGAUGAGCCCCCCCUUCCCUCCCUCAGCCCUAUGUAGUGCACUUUGUGAGAAGCUAUUGGUACAGGAAACGCCUUAAGUAAGGAACACACCUCGACUUUAUCCCACAGCUCCCCUAUUUCUGCAAAAAAAUAAAAAGGCACAACUUAUACUGUGGAUUUGUAAAGGAUACAAAAUUGUACACACAUAAAUGUAUUAUGAACACUAAAGUAAAUUCUAUGUGAUACUAUAUUAAUGAAAUUUAAUAUAGAUGUAUGCAUUUCUUUUCUUCUAUAGAGUAUACACACAUAUCUAUAUUUGAUAAUCUCAAAUAUAAAAGCAGCCCUUUAUUUAGGAGUGAGAUCUACUUUUAUUUUUCUUCUCUUCCGAUGAAAGACUGUAGUGUGUAGCUUGCUUUAGAGCCCUGGAGGAGACGAUCACACCGAGCAGUGAUCAGCACCAUCGCCUCCGUUUACCCCUUCAAAUCUCCACGAUGCUUAACCCUUUACAUACAGGAAGUAUGCACGACAUCUGAGAGAAAUGUCUGUACAGUAAGUUCGAACAGCUCCGGCGUAGCUUGCACAACUUGCACAGUCAAGUGAUCGGUUCUUCUGGUGCUCAUCAUUGCUCCUAAAGACAAUUAAACCCAGUUUUAGAUUUUGGUUUGAGUCACACGUGUGGUCUUCUCACUCUAGUAGCACAAUAGCUAUUGAGAGACGUGUGUAGACACACUCACUCAUACUAUACACUGGACUGGUGAGCCGUUGUAAUAAUGGCCUCCUUAGUUACAACAUUUUCUCUCUAACUGCUUUGUUUGUCAGUGGUAAUGAAGUAUGCUGCAUCCAAACUGUGACUCUAUUAAUCCUUGUGGCAUCAUCUCUCUCCUCUGUCUCUCUUUCUUACUCGCCUCCACCCUCCUUCAUCCCUCGUUCUUCUGAAUGUGAAGAUGCUAACUCACAGUUGGUCUUAACAUGGGGUUUGGUCCUUCUACUCUCCCCCUCGCAUUGCUCUCAUUGCUCCACACCAUUUCAACAUUUUGUAUAUUUUUGUAUUCAUUUUUCUUAACUGUACCAGACUGUAAACAUCAAGUGUGAGGCUCUGCAUGCUUCAUCCUCGCUCUAGAGCCAAUGGUAGCGUCCGUAUCACCAUUUGUUUUCUUUUUGUUGCCAAUUAGAAGGUGAUGAUGACGAUGAUGAAUGCUUUGCUGCGGAUAUAUAUAGUGAAUAUAUGAUAACCGAGUGCAUCAAGAGGCUGGACAGCCUGGGAACGUGUAAAUAAAAUGCUCACACUAUUUUUACCUAAUGUUAACAGAGCUUUUUGUAAAUGUAUCUCGUGCUCAAACUCUGCUGUAUCAUUAUGGAUAUUGUAAAUACAAAAUAGCUCAGUCGGUCAUCUGUCCUCAUCGGGUAGAACUAUACAAUUAAAUUAACCUUUCAGUGUUCUCCCUGUUAAAGCUCUUGUUUUUGUAUUUAGAGUGUAUAUCACUAGCCAAAAAAACGGAUUAAGUAGGAGUGUGACUCUUAGGAAGUCGUAGAGGAUGCCACACAUUCCUGGAUUCCUCAGCAGUCUAGCUCGAUGCACUUUUACAUUCAGUGGUUGGUGUUUAUAAUUAGCUUCUUUUUCUUUUUUUUCGCACACCUGUUUCAGGUGUUAAAAAACGUGGCAAAGUUCAAAACCCAAGAAAGGGAUUUUUGGUAUAACUCAUUCACAAACUAUCAUUCAUCUAUCAGAUAAAACACAACUAUUGAGCUUUUUCCUCUCAGAGAGGAGUCUGACAGCCUCAGACUGAAGAAUCAAACCUCCUCUUCAUCAUAUCUUACCAGGCAUUCAGUCCGAAACAAACAUUGUAGAACUGCAGAGAUAAAAGCAAGACUUACUUUUGACAUAAGAAAAGUAUUAAGUUUCUUACAAAUGAAUAGUUGAAUUCAUAAGCAAUAAAACACUAUUGCUCAAUUCAAUCCUAAAGCCUUACUGCUACAUGCUCUUUUUUGAACCAGUAGCUUUUGGUGGCUAACGUUAGCACAUGUUAAACUUGACUGAUUCAGUUUGCUGACUUGUGACUCUUCACUUGUGCUACUCUUACAAUAGCUUAGCAUUUGAGCUAAAUGCUAAACGGUAAACUACUAUUGAGCAUCUACACUUGAUAACCAUGCAGAAAUAGUGAUGCUUAAUGUUACAGACUUAUAGACGGGUUUCUGUGCAACGUCGUCACGGAGACGUCAGAGGAGACAACCGCAGAAAAGAUGGACGUAAAGUGUUAAAUAUUCCGAGGGGAUCACGUGCCUUUGCUAAAAUCAGAAGGAGAUUAUGGAUCCAGGCCUGAUGGGUAAAAGCAUUCUAGUCACACAGUGCUAGCAGAGCAGCGGGUGGUCAUGGCGAGCUGUCAUGCUCCACAGAUCGAUUAGAAACAGGCUGAUCGACCAACACUCUGAGGAAAUAUAGCGACUAUGCCUUCAAACUUCAAAGUGAUGGAAGACUUUGUUACGGCUCUAAUUUGCUGUAACGUUACGCAGCUACGGCGGGGGAAAGCUCACUCCGGUACGCCGUAACGUUACAUUUUGAAGGGAAGACGUCUGGUAGUCUAUCGGGCCGCCGCUCCUCCUCCCCCGCCGCCAGGUCUGGUAGUCUACCGGGCCGCCGCUCCUCCCCCGCCGCCCAAAGUCCAAUCACACUACUGUCUGAUCUAACAUUACCCAUUUCACAACAGGUGAUAACAAUAAACAAUCUCACACUAAUACCUCAUAUGAUAAUAGUAUCUGGUGGUUCCGUCUAGUAUAGGCAACAAGAAUAUACAAACAAUGCUAAAUCUACGUCGAUUACAAUGGUGGUUUUUCCUCCUGAAUGCGCAUGCACCUGGUAACGUUCGUACACAAGCAAUCCGUCUAUUUGGUCUGUUACGACGAGUAGCUUUUGCCAAGCUAUUGUUGAGCUAAAUCGUGAAGUACGGUUUAGCAUUAAGCUCAAACAGAGGAGUAGCAUUACAGUAUAGUAUUGAGCGUCACAUUGUCUUGCUUUAAACUGCAGUGUACAAUAAGAACUGAUAAGGCUGUCAUGUAUGUAGGCUAUCCGUACUUCUACAAGUAAAGAAGGAGACGCACUCUGCUGGUUUCUAGCUCUCAGUUCAUUUAUCCCAUCCAUGUUCCCACCUCAGUUCUAAUUCUACGAGUCAGAAAACCCAUGAGCUCACUCUCCAAACAGUUCAGCCAGUCCGACAAAAGAUCAAUCAAAAAUAUAAAGCUAUAAAUAAAGUAAAAGAUGUUGUAUGUUUUCUAUUAUCUUGUAGAAAAUACUUUUGUAAGUAUGUUGAAAGUAUAAAGUAUUUGCUGGAUUCUGCUUCCUUUGACGACAGUGACAAAACAAUAAUGUACAGAGGAAUUUGUGUUGACAAAAUGUGGCUGUGCAAUUUAUGUACAUUUGCAACUAGACCUAUUAAAGUUUUAUUUAGCUAUUUUAAAA